AUGAAUGUUGGCGGCUUUCUGCAUCAAGUGGGUGGUCACUUCGGACUUUUUGUUUGUGGUGGACAUGUUUGUAAGCCGUUGAAUACACGUGAAAUAGCGUUUUAUGAAGAGAUCGGUGAACGUUUCGCACCUUAUACAGCGAAAUGUUGUGGUAGCAUAAGUAUAUCAUUAAAAGGUUGUGUGGAUGGUAGUUUAGCAUUAAGAACAGAUGUUAAUAUACCUUGUCAUUCGAGAUCAAUUCAUAAUGUUGAUGUGGUAUUUCGACUGAGUAAAGCUGGUCGAGUUGAAGCUGAUAAAUAUGAUAACGCAUGGGCGAGACAAUGUCAAAGUAAGGUGGUACAAAAACUCUUGAAGGGUUAUGCUUGGUUUGUUCUAUUGGAAAAUGUAGUGGCUCAGUAUUCACGUCCGUGUAUAAUUGAUCUUAAAAUGGGUACAAGACAGUACGGCGACGAUGCGAGUGCUCAGAAACGUGCAUCACAGACUUAUAAAUGCAGAACAUCAACUAGUGCACAGAUGGGUGUCAGACUUGUUGGAAUGCAGUUGUAUAAAGAAGAAACAGGCACAUAUUUUUAUGUGAAUAAAUAUGAUGGAAGACAGAUGGAUUGUGAUGCAUUUCGAGAAACUUUAAGUGAAUAUUUUAUCAAAGCAGGCAGACAUCGAACGAUCACUUCCCUUAAAAAACUGGAUCAUUUGAGAAAGUUACUGGUUGAUGCAGAUGGCUUCAGAUUCUUUUCAAGUUCGUUGCUGAUCGCAUACGAUGCGAAAUGCGAUAAUGACGUUGACGAUCGUUGCAUUGAUAUUCGCAUGAUCGAUUUUGCACAUUCCACUUUCAACGGCUUUCUCGAUGAUCAACGCUACUCAGGGCCUGAUGACGGUUAUUUAUUGGGCAUCGACUCGUUAAUUACUUUGCUCAAUACGAUCAUCAAUCGUAAUCUCACUUGA